UGAGGGUGCACGGCACCGGGGAGGAGGAGGAUGGCGGCGGCGGUGCUCUAGCAGGAGGCGACGCGGACACGCGUGAAUGUGGUCUCCGGUCCUCGAGUGACCCUGCCCCGAGAUCUAAUAAUACAAUGUCAACUGGAAGGCUACGAACGAAAAAAAAGGCAUGUUCUUCAGACCAGUCUCCAGACAACCUUCCCCUGAGGAGUUCUGGAAGACAGGUGAAGAAGAAAGCAGCUGAAGCAGCAGAUGAUGAUGAUGAAGCAUCAGAGAAGAAAUACAGGAAGUGCGAAAAAGCUGGAUGCACUGCAACUUGUCCUGUUUGCUUUGCCAGUGCAGCUGAAAGAUGUGCUAAAAAUGGGUAUACAUCUCGAUGGUAUCAUCUUUCCUGUGGAGAACACUUCUGCAAUGAAUGUUUUGACCACUAUUACCGAAGCCAUAAAGAUGGUUAUGACAAAUACACUGCCUGGAAAAGGAUUUGGACAAGUAAUGGCAAAAGUGAGCCCAGUCCCAAAGCCUUCAUGGCUGAUCAACAGCUUCCUUACUGGGUGCAGUGCACAAAGCCAGACUGUGGUAAAUGGCGUCAGCUGACAAAGGAAAUCCAGCUGACACCACAAAUAGCAAAGAUCUACAGAUGUGGUAUGAAACUGAACAAUUCCACCAAGAGUGAGGGCUCAGACCAGUGUUCCAUGCCUGAGGACUUGAGAGUGGCUGAAGUUUCAGACCAUUGGUGGUACUCCAUGCUCAUACUCCCUCCUUUGCUGAAAGACAGUGUGGCAGCUCCCUUUCUAGCUGCAUAUUAUCCAGACUGCGUGGGCAUGAGUCCAUCCUGUACCAGCACUAAUCGGUUACCUGGGGAAUCCAACCUUGUGAAGUUAGAGCACUUAAAGAGCGUGCCUAAUUUGACUGUUGCAGGCAUGAACAAGUAUUUCCAGCCUUUUUACCAGCCCAAUGAAUGUGGGAAAGCACUUUGUGUGAGGCCAGAUGUCAUGGAACUGGAUGAGCUCUAUGAGUUCCCAGAAUAUUCACGAGACCCUACCAUGUACUUGGCUUUGAGAAACCUGAUUUUGGCUCUGUGGUACACAAACUGCAAGGAGGCUCUUACCCCUCAAAAAUGUGUCCAUCACAUCAUUGUUCGGGGGCUUGUGCGUAUUCGCUGUGUGCAGGAAAUGGAGAGGAUACUUUAUUUUAUGACAAGGAAAGGGCUAAUUAAUACAGGGAUUUUAUCAGUCAGUCCUGACCAGUAUCUUCUUCCUAAAGAAUACCACAAUAAAUCUGUCAUUAUUGUUGGGGCAGGUGCAGCAGGGUUAGCAGCAGCUCGACAACUGCACAACUUUGGAGUUAAGGUCAUUGUCUUAGAAGCUAAAGACAGAAUCGGUGGCCGAGUGUGGGAUGAUAAGACAUUCAGCGGAGUCACGGUUGGAAGAGGCGCACAAAUUGUCAACGGAUGUGUCAACAACCCAGUGGCACUAAUGUGUGAGCAACUUGGCAUUAAAAUGCACAAACUAGGGGAGAAAUGUGACUUGAUCCAGGAAGGUGGAAGGAUAACAGAUCCCACUAUUGAUAAACGUAUGGACUUUCAUUUCAAUGCCAUCCUAGAUGUCGUCUCUGAGUGGAGAAAAGAUAAAACCCAGCAUCAGGAUGUUCCUCUUGGUGAAAAAAUACAAGAGAUCUAUAAAGCCUUUAUUCAGGAGUCUGGUAUCCAGUUCAGUGAACUGGAAGAAAAAGUCCUACAGUUCCAUCUGAGUAAUUUGGAGUAUGCUUGUGGCAGCAAUCUCUCUCAGGUAUCUGCACGCUCAUGGGACCACAACGAAUUUUUUGCUCAGUUUGCUGGAGAUCACACUCUUCUAACUGUGGGAUAUUCUACUUUGAUUGAUAAACUGGCAGAAGGGCUGGACAUCCGGCUGAAUUUCCCAGUACAGAGUAUUGACUACUCUGGUGAAGAAGUACAGGUCACGACUACAGAUGGAACAGUGUGGACAACACAAAAGGUUUUAGUGACCGUACCACUGGCUCUUCUUCAGAGAAACACCAUUCAGUUCAAUCCUCCACUGUCAGAAAAAAAAAUCAAAGCCAUUAACAGUUUGGGAGCAGGAGUCAUUGAGAAGAUUGCCUUGCAGUUUCCUUACAGAUUUUGGGACAGUAAAAUUCAAGGAGCUGAUUUUUUUGGUCAUGUUCCACUCAACUCCAGCCAACAUGGCCUCUUCAGUGUUUUCUAUGACAUGGAUCCAGAGAACAAACAAAGCAUUUUAAUGUCAGUGGUCACUGGAGAUGCUGUGACAACUAUUAAGAAUUUAGAUGAUAAACAAGUACUGCAACAGUGUAUGACUGUACUUCGAGAGCUGUUUAAGGAGCAGGAGGUUCCUGACCCAGUGAAGUUCUUUGUGACUCGAUGGAGCCAAGACCCUUGGCUCCAGAUGGCAUAUAGUUUUGUGAAAACAGGGGGCAGCGGUGAAGCUUAUGACAUUAUAGCUGAAGACAUACAAGGAAAAAUUUUUUUUGCUGGUGAGGCCACCAAUAGGCACUUUCCUCAAACGGUCACAGGAGCUUACCUGAGUGGGGUGCGAGAAGCAAGCAAAAUAGCAUCCUUUUAAGUACCAAACUUUUGUGUUUAUAGAGCUGUUUUUACUUGUUUUCUGUGGGUAAAACUAUCUUCUAGUUUCCUAUUGCUGCCUUUCUCCUAAUUGGUACGUACACAGUAUAUGGUACCUGAAGAUAAAAUCUUCAUUUUCCUUUUCCUCUUCCUCCCCAACCCCUCUUUUUUGAGCCCUGAUGAUACAUAUUGUUGGGAAUUUUUUUUUUCCAGCUAAAGUAAUACUAGCAAGAGUGACGUUGGAGUCCCUGGCCGUAGCUUAACUAACUGAACUUUUGAGAGUCCUCUUCUGUAUGGCUCAAGUCACGCUAUUAUAAACCUUCAUUUCAGAAGGUCAGAUUAAAACAAGACUAAGUGAACAUACAGCAUUAAAAAUGCUGGCAGUUAGUAAUGAUGAUGAUGGGAAUUUUCCACUAACUGUGCUUCUCAGGUUGAUUAUGUUCAUAGGAGUUCAAACUUUCUCCCAAAAGCCUGAAUAGCCUAGAGAAACUCUGGGAUUACUGUAGGAAGGAAUUCAAGUAUCAUUCUUUCCACAUGCAAUCAAUAGCCUUUUCUAUAGUCUUUUUCAUAUUCUUAGUCUUCACCUGAUACUGGAGUAUCAGGUUUGUUUAAAUCAGAGGGCUGGAACAGUUUACAGUGCAAUCAUAGAAACAUUAUUGUAGCUAACAAAAACUUGAAAUUUUUUACAUUAAUUUAAAAACCUUUGAAAUAUUUUCUCUGCUACCUAUUCAGAGAAAUUCUUGUUACCGGAAUGGGCUAAGUUUAGAUUUGCUUAGUGUUUCUGAUAAUAUAGAAACAGAACACCUUAAAAAUACUAUAUUUCUAAGAUUGUUUGGGAAACAAACUUCCAAAGUCAUUUGGGCUACAUAGAGGAAGUAUCUUACUGGUAGGAGUGCACAGCACUGGGGGAAGGACUCGAGGUU